UGCAGAACAGGAAACCCGUGCAUGGCGGGGACCUGGGAGCCGCUCUCUUUCUGGAACUGACUGGAAGGGAGAAGCGAGGGAUUGGAAGGUCAGGGUGUGGAGUCCCACUAACCUCUCCCUUUCUGCCUCAGUGGGGGGCCGUGUGGACUUUGACGACUUCGUGGAGCUGAUGACCCCCAAGUUGCUUGCAGAAACGGCUGGGAUGAUUGGUGUCCAGGAGAUGCGAGACGCCUUCAAGGAGUUCGACACCAAUGGAGACGGGGAGAUCACACUGGCGGAGCUGCAGCAGGCCAUGCAGAGGCUUCUGGGAGAGAGGCUCACCCCCCGGGAGAUCUCCGAGGUUGUCCACGAGGCUGAUGUCAAUGGAGAUGGCACCGUUGACUUUGAAGAGUUUGUGAAGAUGAUGUCUCGCUGAGGAUGUCCUGAGGACCCAG